AUGCAAGCCUUUGGUUUCUUCAGAAACAAAGUGCCAGUUGGGCUCCAUGUGAAUGUGAGAACCAACACUGGUGUGAACAUUCAAGCUGUGUUGGAUCCAAAUUGGAGUGUCAAUGAAGUCAAGGAGAAAAUUGCUCCAAAACUUGGUUUUCCUGCUUCAGAAGUCAAGAUUAUUUUUGCUGGCAAGGAGCUUGAUGACUCUUUCAAGCUUUCUGACUGUGAUCUGGGUCAGCAGAGUAUUCUGCAUGCUGUGAAGGUGGUGAGAGUAUCAUCAGGUAACCAGGCCACUGGAAUACCUCUACCUACAGCUCUGGCACAUUCAUUGCCAGUCAUGGAUAGCAAUCAGCAGGGGGAACAGGGAAGGCAAAUACCACAUUUUUAUGUCUACUGCUCUAGCUGCAAGAAAAUGUGUGUUGGGAAGUUAAGGGUGCGGUGUGCACACUGCAAAGAGGGUGCCAUCAUAGUCUCCCGAGAUCCAUGCUCUUGGGAAGAUGUUCUGACUCCAUUGCAAAUUCCUGGUACAUGUGAGGUAGAGGGUUGUGGGGGGGACUCAGUGGAAUUCUUUUUCAAGUGUGCUGAGCAUGUUCCAUCUGUUGACAGUUUGGAUGCCCUUCCUCUCAAUCUUGUUAAGAGUAACACAAGAGAUGUUCCUUGCAUGGCUUGCUUCGAUGUCCAAGAUCUUGUCCUGGUAUUUCCAUGCUCUAGUGCUCAUGUCACCUGCCUUGACUGCUUCCGCACAUACUGUCAGUCACUUUUGCAGGAGCGCCAGUUCACCUAUGAUCCUGUUCAUGGCUACAGUGUCCCCUGUCCUGCUAAGUGUGAUAACUCUUUGAUUAGGGAUACACAUCAUUUCAAGUUGUUGAGUGCAGAGUUAUAUGCUAGGUAUCAGCGCUUUGGAGCUGAGGAGUUUGUGAUUGCAAGUGGAGGGACUUUCUGCCCACAACCUAACUGUGGAAUGGGGCUUAUGCCCCAUCCUGAUUGCCGGCGAAUCACUUGUGAACAUGGGUGUGGAUUUGUCUUCUGUCGAGAUUGUAGGCAAGGGUAUCACAUUGGGGAAUGUGAACGCACUGAUGGUUCAGAGUGUUCAAGUAAUACUGAUGAUAGGCAAGCAUAUAGAGUGGAUCCAGAGCGGGCUGCAGCAGCACGUUGGGAUGAAGCAAGUGCUAUAUCAAUUAGGGUUCUCACUAAACCUUGCCCCAAGUGCCGGACUCCAACUGAGAGGGAUGGUGGAUGUAUGCACAUGACAUGCACAUGGCCUCAAUGUGGAUAUCAUUGGUGUUGGGUGUGUCAAAAUGAGUGGACAAGGGAUUGUAUGGCAAGUCACUGGUUUGCAUGA